AUUUAGUGCACUGGGACGUCCUGUAGCAGGAUUACAGCAGCAGAUCCGCAACCAUGGCUGACACUUUGAGAAGACUAGUGAACUCCUCUCCGUACAGUGUAUUGCAGGACAAACUAGACGCUUGGUACAAAGACUAUCAUGUUUAUUCGUGUGACCAGAACCUAAAUAGGUGCUGUGAACUAGUCGAGCUUACCUCAAAAAUACAGGGUCAAUUGUUCACCAUACUCAACCUUACAGCACAAGAGGGUGGACAUUAUUCAGGAGUCGACACACUGAAAUCUCGCCUUUUGCCAUGGCUUGGCUCUUGCUUCACCAUUGCAGCUUCAGCUGUCUCCUCAGAUACCAGUCUCAGCCUCAUUCAGGAAUCUGUGGAGAAAGAUCGGAAGAUUCGUGAGCUGUCCUCAGUGCAUGAGAGCAACUUGCAGAAAAUUGAAGACCAGCUGUGCUCUACACGUAUAGAGCUGGACUCAGUAAAACGGGAGCUUGUUGACACCCAUAUUGAACUGGAUUCAACAAAAAAUAAGUCUGCAACCACCCUGUUGGCCACAGAGGAUGAAAUACUACAUCUGAAGUCAGAGUUGCGAGUUGCACAAGACCAGCUUGAUCUGUAUAAGAGAAAGCUAGAUGUCCUGGAUGAUUAUGAGAGGCAGGUGAGAAUCCUGCGAGAUGAGGUUUCCUUCCUCAAUGCUGAGAAAACUGUUCUGCAGGACAGGUUAGCCAGGAGCCGUUCACCUAGUCCGCUUCUGCGCCGAAGUCGAUCAGUUAGUCCUGUCCGGGGUGAAUCUCCUACCCGUGCACAGCUCACCAGCUCCUCUCGACACGCUCGAUUGGUCUCCCGUUUCUCAGACCUGUAUGCCACUGAGAGGCUAGAGUCCCAGAGUCUCCUGCUCAAAUACAUUGAUGACCUGGAAACAGUCCAGAGGAUCCUGUUCAUUGCUGCUGUGGAAUCUUUUCAGGCAGCUAAGCUGGCCUAUCGGCAGUUUAAAUCACGUGUGAGGAAGACACUUUCCUCUACUCACAUUGGCCCUGAGAGUCUGGAGGAUGCAGUGGUGGAUUAUAUUGUGAGAAAUCUGGACCUGUAUGAUGUUCAGACCAGCAUUAAUGAUGUGAUUAACGCGAUGAACGUAAACCCGCGCAUCUCGUUCCCUCCGGAGGUGGACUUUGUUCUGAUCAGCAGCUUUAUUAGAGAAGCCUGUCGAAUAGCUUUCGCCAUGCAAACUUUGGACCCUCCCCUGGACCUGGCCUUCAGCUCAGAUGGAGAACUCUACAGUGAUGUUAAGUACCGGCGCAGUUUUGACUCUGAGUUCACGGCUCCACUGGUGGCAUUUCACGUGUGGCCUGCGCUGCUGGAGGGAGACACUGUCAUACUGAAGGGAGAAGCGGUCACUAGGAGAGGAGCUCUGUGGAAAAGCCGGAGUCGUAGCUCCAGUCCUGUUCGCUCUCGCUCAGGAAGCCCCAGCCGCACAUUUAUGGCCAGUCAUAGUCGGAGCCCCUCUCCUGGACGUCUCUCAAGCAGUCGACUUUGAAACCUGACCUCACUUCACACCAGAUGCAGGACCAAACAAAAGCAGAUUGAUCAAAACAUUUCUCUUUUUUUCAACUUGAACGUUUUUUUAAAUGUGUGGGAUGAAUUAGAAACAAAAGCAGUUACAUUUAAAAGUAACUUCUGAAUAGACAUUAUUAAAGUUUUAAACAGUAAGCACUAUUUACAAGUGUAAAAAACACCUGAGUGAACUACACUUAAUAGGGGCCAUUGGACUGGAUAGGUAAACCUUAAUUGUAUCAGAUCAUAGAUAUAUACACAUGUACACUGUAUAUCUAUGGUAUCAGAUCAGCAUAAUGGCUCAAAGUUAAGAGAACAGCUCUCUUAACGUUGACAUUUUACUCAGUUAUUAACAUCAAUCACAAUUACUUCACAGUUCAAAUGUUUGAGGCCUGUGAUAUAUAAUAUUGAAUAACUUUUUUUAUUUCAACACUAAUAUAGUGAGCAGACAUUUUUUCAAAUAAAUAAAAUGUACUGACACCAAACAUUUGAACAGUGUAUGUGAUUGGGAGAAAUGGUGCUUGAUAAAAGGUGCUCUGUUUGUCUAUGAUAACUGGACAAGUCUUUUAAGGUGCUAUUCUUUCUCUUUAUUGUAUGCAGUGUUUUCAUAUAUUUGUAUGAUUUGGAUUUUUACUUUUAGAGUAGGAAUAACACUCAAAGAGGAAAUCACUUGUCUUCUAGGUCACACCUGCACAUCAGCACUUUUGUAGGUCAGAUUCCUUGUAAGAAACUAGUUGGCUCUUUUCUAAUGAUAUCUGCAGUUCUGUCAUAACUCAAUAUAUAAGUGCUGUAUGUCAAGUGUUUCUCCUUGUAGUCUUUUAUGUAGUACAUAAUCUGUAGAGAUUAAAAUAAUCUACAGACUACCGAAUGUAUUUCCAUUUUAUUUACAAUGUAAUCUUUUUUUCAAAACUUUACCACUAAAAAUGGUCUGUCUAUCAAA